UACACGCUGUGAUUCGUUGAGUGUUAACUGUGUGCCGUUGUCGUUUAGUAAAUCGAGUGCGUUGAACGAUUCGAAUUUUGUUUAUGAAAACAUCAAGGUGAUAAUUCUAGACAAUUUUUCGUUACAAAUUUUGUUAUUUAGUGUUUAAACAUGCCUGUAACUGCGGAUUACCAUAAGGAUAACGAUUCCAUUUGAUAGACGUGUAUAUACACACUUAAGUCGUUCAUCAAAUAUAAAAUACAGAAUCUUUGGUCGAACUCGAAUGAAACUGUAAACAAUGACAUAAAACCAAGAAAAGCGGCUAAUAUAAUUAAAGCCAACAAUUAUUACAUCUCUUAGAUGACAGAAAAACUAAUGAUGGCAGUGAUAAAUACUACACGGCGCUCCCUAUAUAUUACUACCGUGGUCAAAACGUGUAAUGGAUUAAUAGGAACUGCACAAGUACACCUAUAAGGAACAUGAUGAUUUGUUGUGAUACAAAGACACUGCACUGUGUGGACGCCUGUAAUGCAUCGUGUAUGAUGACUACAGAAACGGCGUUGAGUCCCAUGACCCACGGAGGAGGAGUCGGUAAAAUCAAACGACCUAGUCUCAAGUCCCGAGGUGGUACGGGUUCUCAUUAUCACCAUGGUACCAAUGGAAUUCGCGGUUAUCGGGCCGUCCGGGUGACGGUUCCAUCCACUGUGGUUGCUGAAUUGGCAUCUAAGUUCAAUGCUGUCGUAGUGGAUACGGAUCAAGGAGACACAGCUCGAGAUAUUAUAAAACGAGUAAACAAGACUCUAGCCAGUGGCGCGGCGGUACGAGCAACGGUUGAAAAAUUUGAAUCUGUUGAGAAGAAACACAACCGAAUGGUAGUGGUUCGGACCAACUCAGAACGCCGAAGAACUGCAGAGCAACGACGAGCUGCCGAACAGCAGCGAUCUUUAGUUAAGCGUCGCAUGGAAAUAUUUCAAAAGACUGAUAAGCCACCAAAGCCCGACGUUAUAUUGCCUAAGCCAAACUUGCGGAAUCUAGAGAAGAGGCAUCAACCACCCAAAGACGUCACAUUACCCGUAUCGGAAGGUCCUUUACUGGUCAAACAUAAACGGCUGUCGAUAGCCAAAGAUCCUGACGCUCAGUUGGAAAGUGUUCUUAAUGUUAUACCUCAACUUAUGACGUCCAAACCUAAUAGUUCGUUUUUACAUAACCGAAAAUGGUCGAUUGACUCCGGCGUGACUACCGAACUACAACAAACACCUAGUACACUUAAUGCUGAAUCAAACGAGACAUCUUCUUCAAUUAUCUCUGUAAUAACACCCUUGACUUCCAACGAAAAUGAAAAAGAAAGCCAAAAGAUCGACGAACCAACUGAAAAAGAAGAAGAAUUACCCAUUCCACAGAUAGUAAAUAGCUUUUUGCAUAGCUAUAAAAAUAAAUUAAUUGCUUCUGGAAAACAAAACGACUACAAUUAUAUUGGUGAGACACAAGCUAUUUACGAAGAAUUAUGUGAUAUGUUGGUAGGCAAAACUGAACCAAGGCCUUCAUUGCCGGACGUUGUUUUGGAAAGUUCCUAUUACGAGAUGGGAGAUCAUCAUUACACGACAAUUGACGGCAGUGAACAGAAUAUAUACGACGACGUGAUCACCGCCUCGAACCUUAACCGAAGUAGUGGAAAAACUCAACAAGAGGAUAGCUACGAAACGGUUGAAGCACCACCACCACAGCCCUCGGGGCAACCGUUCGUUUUGAUACCAACCGCAACAAACCACCAUUCCAAUGUACAGCAACUCCUACAACAGGACAAGAAAGAAUUAUCUGACAGUUCCUUAGAAAUUGAUAACAGUAUCUACGGCCUAAAUCCACCUUCGGAAAGCACUUCAUCUGGUGUUACUUCAGCGGAUAGCGCAAGUGGUGGCAGAAACAGUAAAUUUGAUUUGGACGAAGAGUGGGUCGAUGUAGACAAUAACUCUGACGAACUUCAAGAAAUUAUACUGUUUCGAGAAAAACCAAAGGUUAACGAAAAAAUUACUAGUGGAUGGUCUAUACAAGUGAGGAAACAAUUGAACAAACUAUAUGAAACAAAAGAUAAGACCAACACUAUAAACCAAGAAAUACCCGAGGAAAUCUAUGCAGACUACGAUUCGUUUGAAUCGGAUGAUUCGUGGGAUGAUUGCAAGGACACGGAAAAAACCAAACGAAUUCCUUACCCAUGCGAAAACCGCGAUUUACCCGAACCUCCAAACCAGCAGAAUAUCUACGGUUUGGUUCCAUUGGUAAAAAAAGCUGGCAAUCGUAUGAAGAAAAGAUGGUCGUUGGGAUCCUUGGGACUGAAUCGGAUUCGAAAACUUAGUAUAAGCAAUAUGGCAUCCGUUUACCCCGGUGCCAAAAUCUUUGACAACUUGUCAGAUAAAUCUAAUGAAAAAAAAUAUGGCUCAUCCGGUACACUCAUAUCAAAAACUACUAACGGAGUAUCUUCGUCCAUAUUCUACCUUAAUAAUACACCAGUGUAUAGCAAUGUGGAAAACAACGGACAAAUACAAGCACCUAUUAGAAAUACUAGUAAGCCACCAUCGUCAAUUGAUUCCCGAAGGCUUAGUGUAGCAAGACCUAGCUCACCACCUCCACCACCACCAGUAAAAAAACAUUCUUUGGAUGAUAACAAUUAUAGUUCACUUCCUCGUUCAAUAGUUAAUUCUAAAGGACGGCCGUCAAUACAGUUAGAUAAAUCGAACACUGAAUCUACAUCGGAAAAUAGCUCCAACCAGGGAUCAGAACUGUACAUGCGUUUUGCUGAUGAACCUCUGUAUCAAUUUUACGCUGCAGAUUUAUCUCAGAGAUCAAAAAGUGUAUUUGCAGGAGAUUUAAUGGAAGAUUGCGAUGGAUAUGAAGAAAUAAGCUCAGUAACUAGCAGGCCUUCAGCAUUAGAAUUAAUUACCCCAUGUCAGACUGGUCACGGUCAACAUAGAUCUUUGUGGUGCGAAGUUCCAGAAGUUAAGAAUAGUGGCAUUUUAGACACAUUAACACCUCGAGAACGGAAACUACAAGAAGCUAAAUUUGAGUUGAUUACUUCUGAAGCUUCUUAUUUUAAAUCUUUGACCGUACUCGAAAAACAUUUUGUGAAUAGUCAUUCUAUGAAUGAUGAAACAAUUGUUUGUAAAAAUGAUCGUAAGAUCCUUUUUGGUAAUGUUAAUCCAGUGCGAAAAUGUUCUGAAAAAUUAUUAGCGGCACUUGAAAAAUGUUGGCAAGAUAACAUUCUCCUUCGGGGGCUAUGCGAAAUUUUGUAUACCCAUUCCAAAGAUAAUUUUGAUAUUUUUGUUAAAUACUGCUCAAAUCAAAUAUACAUAGAUCGUACGUUAAAGAAAUUAAGAGAAAAAAAUUUUAAGUUUAACGAAGCUCUACAAAGACUGGAAACCGACCCUAAGUGCCAAUCUCUAUCCCUUCAUUCGUUCCUAAUGUUACCCAUGCAAAGAAUUACUAGGCUUCCACUGCUUGUGGACGCCAUUCUGUCACAGAUGAAUCCAGCGGACAACCCUACUGAAUAUCAAAUGUGUGAACUCACUUUGGCCUCCUUAAAUGCGGUCGUACAAAAUUGUAACGAGAGCACUAGAAAAUUAGAAAGAUAUGAAGAAAUGUUAUUGUUAAGUCAACAAUUAGAGUUUUCAAGCAAAAAAGAUAUUAAAGCAAUGUCAGUGGCCUCCAGCUCACGUUGGUUAGUGCGAUCUGGUUCAAUGUUACAUUUGACUAGUCCAGACGCAAAAAUGACAUUCAGCCGGAAGCUCAUUAGACCCACAAAGCUCUAUUUCUUUUUAUUUAACGAUAUGUUUUUCAUUGCAAAACGUAAAAGUGACGAAAACUAUACAGUGAUCGAUUACUGCGCAAGGAAUUUUGUGCAAAUGACUGAUGCCACAGAACUUGUGAUUACUUCUUCGUGCAAAAAUCUUUUAAUGUUAACAAUUUUAGAAAACCACGAGGGGAAAACUAUUGAAAUGCUAAUGAGCUGUGAUUCUGAAUCAUCAAAGAAACGUUGGAUUGAAGCUAUGUCACCUCCUAUCAGCUCAAACCCCGACGAAACCCUAUAUAACGAAUGGGAUUGUCCUCAGGUAUAUGCAGAACAUGCGUACAUGGCCGUUCAACCUGACGAAUUAUCAUUACAAAAUGGUGAUAUAGUUAAAGUUUUAACAAAAAUGAAUGACGGAUGGUACCACGGUGAAAGAAUUCGAGAUGGCGAAAAGGGCUGGUUUCCCGGAAACUAUACGUCAGAAAUAGCAUCUCAACAUGCAAGAGCAAAAAAUUUAAAACAGCGUUACCGCCUUUUAGCCAUGUCUGGUAGUUACCUUCAGUCGCGACAAGAAAAAACAAAGAAAAAGUAAUCGUGAUAUUCCAUUGAUUUUUUCUUCUCUGAAACUGUAUGAACUAUUAUCAUACAUUCCAUAUAAUACUUUAGGAUUUUUAUAAUGAAUUAUUUUAUAAUAUUUAUACAGAAAAAUUAUAUUUUAAUUGAUUUUAUUUUAAUAAAAAUCAAAUGCAUAGUUAAUUAUAAUUUACUAUUUAUGUUGCAUAUAUAUUAUUAUAACCAUAUGAUUAGAAUAUAACUUUAUAAUAAAAUAUGUGACAUGGUCGUUCAUUGACUUUAGACAUCAUUAUUAAAACAAUAAAUUUAAAACUUCAACAAAUAAUUAAUCUAGUUUUUAAUUUGUUUUUAAUAAAACACGCAUUGAUGUAUAUAAUUUGUUACGCCAUAAGUUUAUUAUUAUCACUACAUGUACCUUCUCUAUAAAUAUUAGUUGACUAGCCUCGCUCAUUUUGAUGAUUCAUAUACUUCAUUUUUUUUUUCUCAAUUGUACAUAAUUAUUGUUCAUGAUUAUAUAUAUAUUGUUAUAGUAUUUUAUAACACUACUACUUACUAUUUAAUUAAAAAUUAAUGUAAAAAUUACUAUUAUUUAUUAUUUUAUGUGUUAAAUUUUUAUUAUAUUCGUUUUAACUAUUA